AUGGCUUUUGAUAUUGAUGAUAUUUUACCUGAUCGGGAAAGCGCUCAGCAAUUUUAUUUAAAAUAUGAUCCAAAGGAAGUUCUCGGCAAAGGUUUAUCAUCUGUGGUGCGAAAAUGCGUUGAAAAAGCAACUGGGAAGGAAUAUGCUUGUAAGAUCAUGGAAUUCAAUGACGACAGCGUUGAAGAACGUACCUCAACUUUACGAGAAAUUCAAAUUUUAAAACUAGUCGGCGGACAUCCAAAUAUCAUCGAUAUAAUCGCAUCAUUUGAAACGCCAAAUUAUGUAUUUAUCGUUAUGGAAUAUUGUCCGUAUGGAGAACUCUUUGAUUAUUUGACAAAAGUUGUACGUUUAUCAGAAAAACGUACACGUCAAAUUAUGGCUAGUAUAUUAGCUGGUGUUCUUCAUUUACAUUCACAUCGUGUUGUUCAUCGGGAUUUAAAACCAGAAAACAUUCUUAUGGAUUCAACAAUGAAUGUCAAAAUCACAGAUCUCGGUUUUGCCGCUCAAAUAGCGGAGGGUGAAGCUUUGUACGAUCUUUUUGGAACACCAGGUUAUAUGUCACCUGAGUUACUUCAUUGUUCUCAGAGUGACGAUGCGCCUGGUUAUGGUCUACCAGUGGAUCUCUGGGCAUGCGGAGUGAUUUUAUAUACACUUCUCAGCGGUUUACCACCAUUCUGGCAUCGUAAGCAACAUCUGAUGUUUCGAAUGAUUAUGGAAGGACAAUAUACAAUGACUGGUUCUGAUUGGGAUGAUGUAUCCGAAACAGCGAAAGAUCUUAUUCGACAUUUACUAGUCGUGAAUCCUGAUGAACGUUAUACAGCUGCGCAAGCACUUCAACAUCCUUUCUUUAAUCAAGAACGUACACGUCGACGUGAUUUUAUGGCCAAACGAACAUUAAAAGCACACAUUAUUCUGGUUUGGUCAAUACAUCGUCUGAGAACGUUACAUUAUCGUCCUCAACCCAUUCGUGGAAAAGAAUUACUUGAAAAUCCCUAUCGAUUUAAAUCUUAUCGUAAGAUGAUUGACUCCACUGCAUUUCUUCUCUACGGGCAUUGGAUUAAAAAGGACGAACAUCUCAAUCAAAAUCGUGCGACACUCUUUCAAACAGAGGAAAAAUGUGAUCUUAUUCGACAUGAACAACAACUAUUGGAACAAAAAAAUGCCAAUGCCACUCAAGCAUGA